AAGUAGGACUCAGAAAAGCCAGCAGCAACCUGUUGCCUUCUUCCAACCCUCCCUUUCCUUUCCCAUUCCCUCCAGACUCGAGGAAAGUAGGUCUCGGAUGUCCCGGUCACCUGGCGACGCCUCACCUGUGGGAUUUCCGCCUGGAAGAGGGCGAAAGGGGAGGGGGCUGGAGGGUGGCCUUGGGUCUCGGUUUCUGGUGACACUCCUCCUCCUCCUCCUCCGGCGCUGACGUCACGCGCCCCUUCCUUCCCUCCCUCCCUCCUUCCCUGGGCGCCAAAGGCAUAAAUACAGGUGCGCUCACCUGGCGCGCAGGUAAGCGCCUCCCGCCGCCUCCUUUGCGCGUUUCCUUGGGGUUGUUUGCUGCUCGGACGCCUCUCCUCCCGGGCUCUCAUGGCCAACUCGGGCUUGCAGCUGCUGGGCUUCGCCUUGGCCCUCCUGGGCUGGAUCGCCACCUUGGUGGCCACCAUCAUGCCCCAGUGGCAGAUGUCCUCCUACGCCGGGGACAACAUCAUCACGGCCCAGGCCAUCUACAAGGGCCUCUGGAUGAACUGCGUCUGGCAGAGCACCGGGCAGAUCGCCUGCAAGGUCUACGACUCCGUCCUGACCCUCGACACUGCCAUGCAAGCCACCCGGGCCCUGAUGGUGGUCUCGCUGGUCCUGGGGGUCCUGGCCAUGGCCAUUGCCAUCAUGGGCAUGAAGUGCACCCGCUGCGGAGGAGACGACAAGACCAGGAAGGCCCGCAUCGCCAUGGGUGGAGGCAUUGUCUUCCUCGUCUCCGGUUUGUGCUGCCUCGUCGCUUGCUCCUGGAUCGGAAACCAGACUGUGCAGAACUUCUACAAUAGCUUGGUGCCCAUCAAUUCAAAGUACGAAUUUGGGGCGGCCAAUUUCAUUGGCUGGGCGGGGUCGUGCCUGCUGCUCCUGGGCGGGGGGCUCCUCUCCUGCUCCUGCCCCUCCAAAGAAGGCUACAGCGGGCGCUCCUACCCGCAAGGCAAGCCCAUCUCCAAGCCCGGCAGCAGCAGCAGGGAAUACGUCUGAGAGAGAGUCCCGCCCCCGACACACCUGCCCCAGGCACACCUGGAAGACACACCUGGACUCUGCCCGGUGCCACACACACACACACCUGGCGGAUCUUGAACCUCGGCCCCCUCGGAGUGCCUUUUUAACGUUCUGCAUUUCAUAACGCGGUUUUUUAAGAAACUUAAUUGUACUACUUUUUGAAAAAAAUAAACUGGCUUUGUAAUUA